AUGACAUGCCUAAAUAUCCCCCCAUCCUUCCUCCAAAACCUCCCUCCCAACGCAACCAUCCACCCAUUAGACUUUACGCAAACCACCCCUCCCAUCCCAGCCUACAAAAACCACUUCGCCGCCGUAAUCGACAAUUUCCUGACCCCGACCGAAUGCACCCAACUUCUCCAACUAGCAGGCGAAUCCGCUCAUCCUCCAACCACCACCACCACCACCACAGCAACCAAUAACCUUUCCACAUCGUCUCUCCUCGAACCAACCUGGCAACGCGCCCUCGUCAACGCCGGCUCGGGCACCCAAGUCCUAUCCUCCACCCGCAAAAGCAGCCGCUACAUCCUCGACUCCCCCGAAAUCGCCUCUCGCCUGCUGGCCCGCCUAACACCAUUUCUAUCCUCAUUCGGCCUAACACGGAUCGAAAAGCAACCACUCAUCACGGGCCUGGGCCCCGCGAAGCGCGGCGAGGUAUUCGUGUUAGCCGGGUUGAAUGAAAGGAUGCGGUUUUUGCGGUAUGACGGGGGUGAUUAUUUUCGGCCGCAUUGGGAUGGGUGUUAUAUUCGGGAUUGUGAUGGCGAGGGCGGGGGGGAAGGGGGAGAGAAGUCUUUUGACGGGGGAUGUAUCUUUUUGAGGGGGGAGGAUGGGAUGGUUGAUUUGAGGGGGGUUGCUGAAGGAAAUGGGGAUGGAGGAGAUGGAGAUGGAGAUGGAAAGGAGAGUGGAAGUGGGAUUGGAUCUGGAUCUGGUCGGGAACAGGAGACAUUACUUGGGGGUGCAACUUCCUUUGGGGAUGAUUAUCGGAUGAGAGAUUCGGUGCGAGUCUUUCCCAAGACGGGAUCGCUGUUGGUCUUUCAGCAGAGGAAUCUGAUGCAUAGUGGGGAUGAUGUUUUUCGGGGGGUCAAGUAUACGGUGAGGACGGAUGUGAUGUAUGCUUUGGAGAAACAGGAAGAAAGUCGUGAGGAGGCUUAG